AGGAGGUGGAGCAUGGCCGAGAAUGUUGAGCAGCAUCCAAACGGCACUGACCCCGUCCGAGUCAUAGUCUGGUAUGACUAUGUUUGACCUUGGUGCUACGUCGGCCUGGAGAGAGUCGACAAGCUCGGGCAGGAGUAUGAUAUUGCGGUUGAAGGCCGGGCCUACCUCCUGAGGCCGGACACGCCUAAAGAAGGCUUGCUUAGGCAGACCCGCUCAGGAGAAACCGACGACGAACUUAGUGAGCCAAUCCGGUCUCAAGUCAGGGAAGCCAACCUGGUUAUGCGCCCUCCUUUAGUUACACCUAACACUAUGUAUGCCUUGGAGGCUACUGAAUACGCCCAGCAGCAUGGCAAGUUCAUGGAAUUCCAUCAUGCUGCGUACAGGGCAUAUUGGGAUGAACGCAAGGAUUUGGGCCAGUUGGAUGUUUUGGCUGAAGUAGCUCGUUCUGUUUCUCUGGAUGCCGAUGAGAUGAUCCAGUGCCUGGAAACCCACGAGUUCUCAAGCAGAGUAACGGGCCAAUACCAGGAAGCCCUGCAGUAUGGAAUUCGGGGCAUACCUACCUUUGUGGUGGGAAACCUGUUGUUUACCGGAGCCCACCCCUACGAUAUUUUCAAGUCGGCGAUAAACCAGUACCUCAACGACCAGUAA